AUGAACAGGAAAGUGGCUAUUGUAACAGGUACCAAUAGCAACCUUGGUUUGAACAUUGUGUUCCGUCUCAUUGAAACUGAGGAUGCCAAUGUCAGAUUGACCAUUGUGGUUACUUCGAGGACUCUUCCUCGAGUGCAAGAGGUCAUCAAGCAGAUUGAAGAUUUUUACAACAAAUCUAAUCGUGUGGGUGAUUUAGAGAUAGAUUUCGAUUAUUUGUUGGUGGAUUUCACCAACAUGGUGAGUGUCUUGAACGCUUACUAUGAUAUCAACAAAAAGUACGAUGCGAUAAAUUACCUCUUCGUCAAUGCGGCGCAAGGUAUCUUCGACGGUAUCGACUGGUUUGGGGCAGUCAAGGAAGUUCUAACCAGUCCAUUGGAAGCGGUAACGAAUCCAACGUAUAAGAUACAGUUGGAGGGUGUCAAGUCUAAAGACGACAUGGGUCUUGUUUUCCAGGCCAACGUGUUUGGACCGUACUAUUUUAUCAGCAAGAUUCUGCCUCAGUUGACCAAGGGAAAGGCAUAUAUCGUUUGGAUUUCUAGUAUUAUGUCCGAUCCCAAAUAUCUUUCAUUGAAUGACAUUGAACUACUAAAGACGAAUGCCUCUUACGAAGGGUCCAAGCGUCUGGUUGAUCUGCUGCAUUUGGCCACUUACAAAGACUUGAAGAAACUGGGUAUAAAUCAAUAUGUAGUUCAACCUGGUAUAUUUACAAGCCAUUCCUUUUCCAAAUAUCUGAAUUUUUUCACCUACUUUGGCAUGUUACUCCUGUUCUAUUUCGCCAGACUGCUGGGAUCUCCAUGGCAUAACAUUGAUGGUUAUAAAGCUGCCAAUGCUCCUGUGUACGUAACUAGAUUAGCCAAUCCAAACUUUGAAAAGCAAGACGUCAAGUACGGUUCUGCCACAUCCAGAGAUGGUAUGCCAUAUAUCAAGACGCAAGAAAUAGAUCCUACAGGCAUGUCCGACGUCUUGGCUUAUAUGCAGAAAAAGAGACUUGAAUGGGAUGAGAAACUAAAAGAUCAAAUCGUUGAAACUAGGAUCCCCAUUUAA